AUGCCGUGGACAAAGUUGCCGCACGAGCCCAAAGUCAUGCAACAAUUCGUCAAGAUUACUGUGAAAGGCAUGCUUCACAAUGAGGCGAUAGAGUGGGUGGCCGGCGCACGGAUCCGACCCUGGGUGGUCGUUGCAUUGUUGCAGCAUUUGAUCGACUUGCAGCAUCCAAUGUGUGACAAUCACAUCUCCCCGGAGAAAGCAAAAGAAGAAGUGAAACAACGUGUCACACAGAUAUAUGGCACGGAAGAGACAAUGCCGCUCGGGGAAGCCAUUCCCGAAGACGUGCCUGUGGCCGCGCCACUCUCGUCGGCCCAAGCAAGUCCGAAAGCGCGACCCACCCAGUCUUCGCGCUCGCGUCCGGCAGCGCCAAAGCAAAGCCCACCAGCAAGUGCGCGGCACAGUGGCCAAGCUUCAAAGCCCGUUGCAGCGGCGCGUCCCGACGCAAAGCUGUCAAAGGUAGCCGUAGACACUGCAAGUGGCGACCUUGCACGCACCCCAGUCUCCAGCACACCAACCAAGCUCUCAGUUGUGGCCUCCGACAACGCCCAGAGCAUCGCUCGGGGCAAUGGUCGGAAAUUUGGAUUGAGUACUGCUGGCCGGAGAAAUGCUUUAGGUACAAUUUUGGAUAAGCGAGAAGAUCCUUGGUUGUCCGGCACAAUGUAUGCCUUUACGCUCAUGUUGUUUGGCAACUCGCACACUGCGGUGAACUUUCGAGUUCCUCUGACUGCUGCCUCCCAUGACGCAGAGUGUGCCCGCGGAUGUCUCGCACACAAUUUGCUCCGGAAGCUACAACGCGCCAUGGCACAAGCAGCUCGCCGUUCCACACGAUACUUCACAGGCUACUUGCAAAAGCCCCAACCAUUGGGUCGGAAAGAGUUACAGCAUGCAGCCAAACAGUUGCAUUUCUUAGAAACCGCUGCCGCAGACGACCCAGCCGCGCAGCAGCGGAAAGUCGCACAUCGAGUGCUUGGGGACCUUGAAUUUCGUUGCUCCACCCGGCCCAUGACCGAAGAAUUCAUGUUGGCCGGUUUCGAGGCCGACGCAAUAGAGCCUCCGUCCAACCGAGACAAGGUGGAAGUGGAUACAUCUUGGGUCAGCAACGAAACCAUUCAUCGGCUAAUCACAGGAGUCGGUUUUGAGUACUCGAAACGUUCCAGUGCCGCAGUCCAUGAAAUUAUCGAGGAAUGGAAAAUUGACUCGGAAGACUGCACCGCAUCCCUGAAACCCGUCAACACCGGCGUGCCCAACAUCAAGCCAGAUCACAGCCAGAGCAUCGCUCACGCACAUACCCAGUCACCUCGAGAGCAGUUUUUGACGUGGACAUAUGGCAACUUGACAGCAGAAGCCGCGGAAGCCUGGCUCACCAACUUGCAAAGUUCCAACGGCAACUGCCCACCCACCGCCGAACAACUCAAGUUUUUGCGUGCUGUCAUCCAACGCUGUCUGCAAGAGGCCGCCGAAGAGCACGCGGGCACGGCCGACACCGAGCCCUUGCGAGCCAUUUUCCAUGGCGUACCGGGGGCCGGCAAAAGCCAAACCCUCAAGUGGCUACGCAGCUUUUUCGAGGACAUUUGCCACUGGGAGCAUCAGCAUCAAUUCGUCUUCGUAGCUCCACAGAACACUCAGGCCGCGCUCAUCGGCGGUGUCACCCUCCACGCCUUCGCGAACAUCCGUGUUCGAGCCAAAAAGGCCUCCCCGGGCAGCGCCCACACCACAGACCAAUUCGUCAAGUAUCAGCGUUUACGUUGGAUCUUAGUUGACGAAACUUCGACCGUCGGUCUCGAAAUUCUUGCCACGGUCGAAGAAAAACUUCAACAAUCGAUCCGAGACCGAGAUACUUGGAAGCUUCGUCCCGGCGGAGAAAAACGGCCGUUCGCAGGUCUCAACCUGAUCCUGACCGGUGACCUUUGGCAGUUCCCCCCCGGUGAAAGCCACCGCCAUUUUCCAAAACCCUUUCGCGGAAAAUGGAAGCUUUCAAGUUGCUCCUGGGACUUCAAAACCCACACGGUCGAGUGCGGCCAGACAACUUGCGCCGACCUGCACUUGCAAGCUGCAGCCCUUCAUAAGCAACCGCUUGAAUGCAAGCAGUGUCGAGCCGAACGCCAACGUCGGUGUCUUGUAGGCAAAGAUCAGAAAAGCCCAAAGUUUCUCAACAAUCCCUUUGUCCAUGGACUCAACGCAGCGAAAUACAUUGCCGCCAACCUUCGUGCUCGCCAAGUGGCAGCCACCCGGAGAGAAAAACUACUCUGGAUAGUAGCCCAAGAUACACCACUCUUUCACAUCGAGCCUCCCGAACUACCAGCCCGGCGGGAGAAUUGGUUGCAACGCCACGACCAGUCCACAGGUGGCGUCGUCGGUUUGUUGCCCUUGCUGCAAAACAUGCCCGUCAGGAUCACGCAAACCUUGCCAGAACUCAAGCCAUUUGGACUCUUCAAAAAUACUCGAGGCACACUUUGGAAUUGGACGCUACAUGAGGCGGACGCUGCUGCAGCGUCGCAGAACGACGCAGAUAACAUCGUCCUUCAAAAAAUGCCUCUAGCUCUGUACGUCCACGUCCCCGGGCAAACGUGGCAACAACAUGCACAACUGCCACCAGGAGUUGCCCGCUUAGAAGCAGUGACACAAACAUGGUCCCUGGAGACCAACGGUAAGGCCACAGUGUCUCGACGAGGUUUCCCACUCGCUUGCGAUUUCGCAGGGACGGCACAUUCCUUCAUGGGGUCAACCCUCGAAGCCUGCACACUUGAUCUCGGCCACUGGGACUCCACCGCGUCCCGCGAGGCUCAACUCAGCGGCUACAUGUGCUUGUCCCGAGUCAGGAAAGCAGAGGACUUGUGUAUAGCCCAACCCUUUUCCCCCAACUUGUUCACCAAUGGGGAAUUGAUAGGCCCACACACUUUUCUAGAAGUUCAUCGCGGCAAGCUCACUCCACAAGAAGCAAAGGCUCGAUUCAGUCAAGACAAACCAAGCAAGAAAAGAAAUCGGGACAUCAUGUUGUUUUGCCGCGGCUGCAGCCCACAGCCACAUCGACAAGAGAAGUUACUGCCUCUGCGAGAAUUUGUAACAGCAUGGGACCAGGACGAAUGGUACCAAGUCUUAUCCGAAGGCAUGUGUCGCCUAUGUCUCCAAUGCAAAGCUAAGCAAAGCGGAACACAACCACCCAGUCACUCUGCAGCGACGCAUCCUUGUCCAUAUUGUCCCGAAGCCAGACCAGCCAACAAAACUGGCUAUUGUUCGGAGUGUGUCAAAACAGAACGUUUAGCCUGCAGCCGAUGUGACCAAGGCAAGAAAAUCAAAACGAAACGCUUGACAGACUUCGACCCGGAAGAAGUCAGACGCAAAAAAAAACUAAAGAACUGCGACGCCUUCGCUGCAAAAAGUGUGCUACCACCCCUGUCGCAGCCACCUCCAAACAAGGUUUGUGCACAGAGUGUAAUAAGACUGUGA